GGUCGCUUGAAGAGAGUUCAGAUUUGGCUCGAGCGCUGAAGAUAUUUGCUAGGAUCUAUUUUCUAACAAUCAAUUCCCGAGGAUGAGCAUCGCACCUGUAAGCACAGCAUCGCUUCUAGUCCUAAUCUUCAGCAUAGUUUGUACGUUCAAUUUCAUAGAAGCUGCCCGGAACAACAGACAUGUGACCUGUGGAACGGUUCUCAAGCUGCAGAAUGUGGAUUACAAGGUGCGGUUACAUUCGCACGAUGUAAAGUAUGGUACGGGGUCGGGUCAACAGUCGGUGACGGCCACCGAACUGCAGGAAGACGUCAACAGUCACUGGGCAGUGAAGGCUGCGACUGGUAAACAUUGCGAACGAGGGGAACCCAUUAAAUGUGGUGACACAAUUCGUCUGCAUCAUUUAGCUACGAACAAGAACCUACAUUCGCACCACUUUCAGAGUCCUUUAACGGGCAAUCAGGAAAUCUCAGCCUAUGGCGAUGAUCAAGGUGAAGGUGAUAGCGGAGACCACUGGUUGCUGAUUUGCUCCGGUGAUAACUGGGUACGAACAAAUCCGGUUCGGUUCCAGCACAUUGACACCGACAUGUACCUUGGCGUGUCCGGACGUACCUUUGGGCGGCCCAUAAAUGGACAAAUGGAGGUGGUUGGUAUGCCGAAUCCAUACUCCGGUACGGAAUGGAUCGCUGCCGAGGGUUUGUUCAUUCAUCCGACGGAAAAGGACAGCGGUUCACGGGUUCACACUGAGCUCUAAGCCACGCGGAACAAAAAUGCAUAUUGCAUGACUCUUAUUUAUUGUGGACUCCGCAAGCACAAGACAGAAACUUAGCAUUAUCUCUGUUUUACUGCGUAGAUUUGAGACAACGGAUCGAUUAUGUAGCUUCGUUUCGAUGAAUUCUGUGCAAAAAAAAUAUAACAUCGUGAUACGGAAUACCAUUUAGUGACCAAAGCUCUUCUAAGUG